GCGUCCCCUUGGACGGAGGCCGGCGGCGGUCACGUCAGGUCGGUGUUACGUAACGCGUUGAGUGUGACACCGGCCAUGGCGAGCGAGGACCGCGGACAGGAGCCGGAGGUGACUUACUACACCCUGGAGGAGGUGCAGAGGAGGAACUCCGCCAAGGAGCUGUGGCUGGUCAUCCAUGGCCGGGUCUAUGACAUCACCAGCUUCGUGGAGGAGCACCCGGGUGGGGAGGAGGUCCUGUUUGAGCAGGCUGGAGCAGAUGCCACAGAGAGCUUCGAGGAUGUCGGCCAUUCUGUUGAUGCCAGAGAAAUGCUGAAGCAGUAUUACAUCGGAGACCUGCACCCGGUAAGAUGA